AUGUCUCAGGAACAGAAAAGCAAAAGUUAUUUGUAUCAUGGGGGAGUGGCGGGAACUGCAGUCUCCUCAGAGCGGGGGCGCGCGCUCGUUCUAAUGAUCUCACACAGGAGUUUCUCGCAUUCAACCGAAAGCGCCUGUAACGUUAAACCAUUUGUUAUUAAACUUUUCUUUUCGAGUUAAAACAUUGCGUUUAUGACAUACGACUUAAGCUUUACGUCAUAUCAGCAUGAAUCUGUUGAAAAUGAUUUACAGCAACGUUAUUCUUCUCAUUCAUCUCUGCUUGGAAAAAGUGGACAGCAAAACCUUGCUCUCAUAUGAUGACUUUUACCCUGAGUAUGUGCCAGAUCGGCAGCCGUGGAACAUUGCCCGUGAGGUCUGCCAUCAGCGUUCAGGGACCCUGGCGAAGGUUUCCAACACUGAAGAAAUGCAAAAACUUAACAAUUUUCUACGGUCUAUAAAUAUCGGCCAACCUGUAUGGAUAGAAAGUGCAGGCUUGUUCCAAAAAAGUGGUUCUCCAGACAUAUACAUGCUGGAAUUCCCUAAGCGGCCACACCGGAAAUCAGCUCGCCUUCGCUAUAAGUUCCCAAACAUGGAAGCGCUUACAGUUUGCACUCACCUCCAGUUAGAUCCAACUUGUCACGGGCUUUCCACAAUCUUCUCAUAUGCCAUAGAGCUAUUUAUUAAAGAAUUUCAACUCCAAGCACGGAUCGUGAGUAACGAACCCGUCCAGCUUGCAUUGCUGGUGCAUGGUUUGAACACCACCUACAUAACCAGCUUUCCCAAUGACGCCUCCUGGCACUUUGUAUGUGCCAGUUGGGUUGGGAAUAGCGGGGAGUGGGUCAUCUGGGUGGAUGGAAGAAUGGUGGGUUCUGGGAAUUUCCCCAACUCCACCAAUCACAUCGGAGGUGAUGGCCUUUUUAUGAUUGGACAAGACCAGGAGACCUACGGAGGCUACAACAACAACAACAACGCUCUUUGUGGGAACAUUACGCAGCUUUUCAUGUGGGAUCAUUUGUUGCUCCAAACUGAAGUCCAAAGCAUGGAAAAAACCUGUUCACCCGUUCCUUCUGGCUUGUUCUUCAGGUGGAAUGAAUCCGCACUAGAAAUUGAAACCUCUCUACAGACACGUAGAGGGAACUCGCCAUGUCAAGGUUCCAGAAGUCAACCACCAAACCAAAUUCUCAUCUCUGGGUUGAAUCAGAAUUUUUCGAACAAGACUUGUGUAACCUUUGACCCUGUAAGUGGGAAACCGAUUAAUGACUCGUGUUGGACACACAGAGGAAGCGUCUGUCUGGUCCCCAAAGGUGAUCACCUGAUUUAUGGCAUUCUUCAUUUUCAAAAAACAAGUCCUAACAAAACUGAACAACAGGUUUCUUCUGUAUUGUGACUAUUUCUGCAAAUCA